AUGGGACUCUGGUCACGAUUCCUAAACUGGCUUCGCUCAAUGUUUUGGAACCAACAAAUGGAGCUUUCAAUCGUCGGCCUUCAAAAUGCUGGAAAAACAACCUUUGUAAAUGUCCUUGCAACUUCUGAAUUUGAUGAAGACACAAUACCGACAAUUGGAUUUAACCAUCGAAGAAUUAAAAAAGGAGGUGUCGAACUGAGACUCUGGGAUCUCGGUGGGCAGCCUAAAUUUCGGGAAAGCUGGGAAAAAUACUGCAGAAAUGUAGAUUGCAUUAUUUUUGUUGUGGAUUCAGCUGACUUCGGUAAUCUUAUAAUUAAAUAUGGCGUCUUCGUCUGGGCAUGGGCCGGGAGGCCAUGCAGCCUCGACUCAUAUUUAAUUAUAUCCGGCAAGGUUUUGCCAGCUCAGAAACGGACGGCAAUGCUAGGUAAGCAAUUCUGGUUGCGUUCAGAGCCUAUCCCAAGUCUACUUUCAGGGUUAAUUUUUUCCUCAUGGGGGAAGGAAGGCAUGUCAGUUGGAAAGGGGAAGCCCAGCAAAGUCCUAAGGACCAAUCGGGCAACUCCCUAGCGUGAAACUAGGCGUUACGUCCCAGGCUGCAUUUUUUCCUUUUUGCCGAGAGCCGACCAGAAAAUCCAUUUUUUUGGGUUUUCGGAAAGGCAACCCAUGUCCCAAGCAAGUAGCUCACUCAUGAGCCGUCGAAGUCGGUGACGUUUGCCCUAGGCGCACCCUGGAGACCGAAGCGGGUUGGCCAAGCAACCCGUGGGCCCGAUGCGGCGAAAGGCAAGUGAUAGCCCUGGGAUAGUCUACCCCGUAGUGGACGUAAAGCGUUAUAAGUAAUUAAGUAAGUAAGACUUCGGUAAUCUUGAAGUUGCUAAAGCUCAAUUGCAAAAAUUGUUAUCGUGGCCUUCGCUACAAGGAAUUUCACUAUUAGUGCUUGGGAAUAAGAAUGAUUUAGAUGGAGCACUUAAUGAAGAAGAGCUAAUUUCAGCAUUAAGUUUAAAUGCUAUUACAGGUAGAACUGUCGCAUGCUAUAGUGUGAGUUCUAAAAAUAUGACAAAUAUUGACGCAACUUUGAAGUAUUUGACAAAUCUUAAAAGAAAUAAAACUAGAUAA